GGCGGAACUCAACGCGAUCGCAGCUGAUCGUCGGCACGGAAAAGAGCGAGAGGGCAGACGCGAGUCGGAGCGAGACGGCGAGCGCCGGGGAGCCACUGGGUGCGAGCGGGACAGCGCCAAAAAAUACAUAUCUGUCUGCGGGAAAUAUCGCUGUGUUUUUCCCCUCUCUGUUUUUGUUUGCCAGUCCAUAAAACUGAACUUUCUGUGUGAGGUGCCUUUCCUUGUGCUACUUUUUUCCCUCGACUUCUGGGAAGGCCCUUAAAAAAGUGGCACAGUGUGCUGAGUCCCACUCGAAUGUCACCAGCACCGCCAGCGGGAUGAGCGGGAAAAGUCGGGAGAUCGGAAAAUUGGGAAAGCGUACGGGAACGCCUUUGGGAGCAGAUCAACUAAAAAUAGCAGAACAUAAAAGAGAGAGAAUUCUGAAAAAAAGAAGCCAAAAAUAAUUGAAGCGUGGGCAGCAUCAAAUGCGAAGGACAGUGAAGCCGCGCUACAGUGAACUGAGAACAAAGAAAGGUCGGCCAGACAAAGAGGAAUUAACACAAGAUUUAUAACAAAAACAAAGCAAAGGAAAGCUAUAUAUAUUAAUUAUAAAAUCAUUGAUCAAAUUCCAUUCAUUUUCCAUACUCUCCUUAAAGUUUUCCCAAUAUAAAAAUACCAUAAAAUACAGUAAACAAAAUCUGUAAUGUAAACAUAACAGCGAGUAAAACUAAAAUGCCGUAAAAUAGUUAACGAUAACAUAAAGUGACAUUAAAGGCCAACAUUAUUUAUAUCAAGUCAAACCUGUAGAGACAUAGUUGAGAUAAACAAUAAAUUGGCCAAAGGCCAAAGCAGCUACAAAAAAAAACAUAAAGAAGAAGCAGAAGAUCAGCCGUGAAUGAAGAAGAAGCAGCAGUAGAUAAAGGCAGAUCAAACAAGAGAACGGACAACCAACAGGUGGAAGGAAACGGCGACCCAAAAAGAUAAAAAGAUACAAAGCCAAAAAGAAAGUAAUCCAGGGAACCCCUGAAAAACAGACAACCUUUAGAAGGAAAUUAAGGGGUUGUAAACUGAUGGUUUACGAUGUCCCAGGAAGCUGAGGAAGAGGACGAAGCUUAUCGGGAGGAGGAGGAGGAGGAGGAGGAGCAGGAUCCUUUGGCCAAUUUACUUAGCCUGAAGCUGAAGAAGCCAUCCCAUUGGAACUGGGAGCUGAGCACCUCGCGCAGCUGCAGCAACAUAGCUCUGCCCCGGAUUCUUCUCUACGAUCACACGGGCAAUCUUCUGGUGGACGCCGAUGGCCAGCAGGAGGUCACCUACUCGUCCAGGGACAACCAGAGGCGACGCAAGCGUUCGGCCACCUCGAACUUGAGUCUGGAGCGCAAUUUCCAUGGCCUGCGAAUAGCGGAGGCCACGCCCACGCCCACGCCGACGGUCACGUCGGUGGCCACGCCCAGUUCGAGUCGGGAAAGUGGGCGGCGGAAAACGCACGGCAGCUGCAUCGACUUCAGCACCCACGAACUGCCCAACUGGGAGCCAUCGGUGAGUUCGCGCCGCUCCAGUUCGCUGCGAGGCGUUCGCUUCCAGGAGGCGGGAGCGGAGGUGGAAGCGGAAGCGGAGGAGCUGCCAGUGUACCCCACGCCCCCCUCCACCUCCACGUUGAACUCGUCGAGCUCGGGUCCGCGGGAGAAGCGACGCUACCGCCGCUCGCAGAGCUCGAUCCUCGAGAGAUUCAGCCUGUCGAAGGGCAGGCACUCCUCCCCGGAAUUCGCCCAGGAGGAGGAGGUGGCGAAGGCGCCGCGCUACUACCUGCGGACCAGCAAGGCGGGCACCCUGGUCAUUCGCGACGAGAGCUUCAGCUCCCAGAGGAUGCGCCACCGUCGCCGCCGGCCGCCGAAGCACUCCUCCAGCGAGAACAUCCUGCAGGAGCCGCCAUCGGAGCCGCCAUUGGGUGUCGUGCAGGCCACGGCACGCAGGAGGCCGCCGGCCAGGACACUCUCCACUUCGGAGGACGAGGGGGAGCGGCAGCGGGAGCAGGAGCAGCGGAGAUCCAGGGGCAGACCCAGGAACACCAGCCAGCGCAGCUGCGGCAAGGAUGCGGCGCAGGAGCUCAUCACCGUGGAUCCCGAUAAUUGUGUUUAUCGAGCAGCGCCGGGCGCCACAGCACGAUAGAAGAGAGUCUACGAGACCCCAAGAAAGCCACCCAAGACGAAGCGAACUGGUCUUCAAGAAUGCACAAAAAGUCAGGGAAAAAGGGCAGCACGAGAACAGACAAAACUAGAGUUCCUCCUUGUGAUGUAAGACGAUAAAGCCAAUGAAAAUAAAACAAAUGUAUAAAACUGAA